UGCUUGCUGCAGGCCGGGAGGCGGGGCGCAGAGGCUGCAAGCAACACACGUGUGGCGGCCGCGAUGAAGUUCGCGUACCGGUUUUCAAAUUUGCUGGGGACAGUCUAUCGGUGUGGAAACUUAAAUUUUACGUGUGAUGGAAAUUCAGUUAUCAGUCCCGUGGGAAACAGAGUCACUGUGUUUGACCUAAAAAACAACAAGUCCGACACUCUGCCUCUGGCCACUCGGUACAACAUCAAGUGUGUGGGGCUGUCCCCGGACGGCCGCCUCGCCAUCAUUGUCGAUGAAGGGGGCGACGCGCUGCUCGCCAGCCUGGUCUGCAGGGCCGUGCUGCACCGCUUCCACUUCAAGGGCGCUGUGCACAGCGUCUCCUUCUCCCCCGAUGGCAGGAAAUUUGUUGUCACCAAAGGCAACCUUGCUCAGAUGUACCACGCCCCUGGGAGGAAGCGGGAAUUCAACGCGUUUGUUCUGGACAAAACCUACUUCGGGCCGUACGAUGAGACCACAUGCAUUGACUGGACAGACGACUCCCGGUGCUUUGCGGUCGGGAGCAAAGACAUGUCCACGUGGGUGUUUGGGGCCGAGCGGUGGGACAACCUCAUCUACUACGCGCUGGGGGGACACAAGGACGCCAUCGUGGGCUGCUUCUUCGAGUCCAGCAGCCUGGACCUGUACACACUCAGCCAGGACGGCGCCCUGUGCGUGUGGCAGUGUGACACCCCCCCUGAGGGCCUGAGGCUGAAAGCCCCCGCAGGCUGGAAGGCGGACCUGCUGCAGAGGGAGGGCGAGGACGAGGACGAGGACGAGGACGGGGCGGAGAGGGAGACCACCAUCCGCGGGAAGGCCGCCCCGGCUGCCGAGGAGCAGCGGGGGAAAGUGCAGUACUCGCGGGUGGCCAAGUACUUCUUCAAUAAAGAAGGGGAUUUCAACCAUCUGACAGCUGCAGCGUAUCACAAGAAGGUCCACCUCUUGGUCACUGGUUUUGCUUCCGGAAUCUUCCACCUUCACGAGCUCCCGGAGUUCAACCUCAUCCACUCCCUGAGCAUCUCGGAUCAGAGGGUCUCGUCCAUCGCCAUCAACGGCUCUGGGGACUGGAUCGCCUUCGGGUGCUCAGGCCUGGGCCAGCUGCUGGUGUGGGAGUGGCAGAGCGAGUCCUACGUGCUCAAGCAGCAGGGCCACUUCAACAGCAUGGUGUCCCUGGCCUACUCCCCCGACGGGCAGUACAUUGUGACCGGCGGGGACGACAGCAAGGUCAAGGUGUGGAACACCCUCAGUGGCUUCUGCUUCAUCACUUUCACGGAGCACUCGAGUGGGGUCACCGGCGUGACCUUCACCACCACUGGCUACGUCAUCGUGACCUCUUCCAUGGACGGGACCGUGCGCGCCUUUGACCUUCACAGGUACCGCAACUUCCGCACCUUCACGUCCCCGCGCCCCACCCAGUUCUCCUGUGUGGCCGUGGACUCGAGCGGGGACAUCGUCUCUGCUGGGGCCCAGGACUCUUUUGAGAUCCUCAUCUGGUCCAUGCAGACAGGCAGGCUCCUCGACGUUUUGUCCGGCCACGAGGGGCCCAUCAGUGGUCUGUGUUUUAACCCAAUGAAGUCGGUCUUGGCCAGCGCCUCCUGGGACAGGACGGUACGUCUGUGGGACAUGGCGGACAGCUGGAGGACCACAGAGACGCUGGCCCUCACCUCCGACGCUCUGGCCGUGACCUUUCGCCCUGACGGUGCCGAGCUGGCUGUGGCCACGCUGAACUCGCAGAUCACCUUUUGGGACCCCGAAAGCGCGGCGCAGACGGGCUCCGUCGAGGGCAGGCACGACCUCAAGACGGGAAGGAAGGAGCUGGACAAAACCACUGCCAAGCACUCGGCCAAGGGGAAGGCCUUCACCACUCUGUGCUACUCUGCGGACGGCCGGAGUAUCCUGGCGGGAGGGAUGUCCAAGUUCGUGUGCAUCUAUCACGUCAAGGAGCAGAUUCUCAGGAAGAAGUUCGAGAUCUCCUGCAACCUCUCUCUGGACGCCAUGGAGGAAUUUUUGAACCGAAGGAAAAUGACAGAGUUUGGCAACCUGGCGCUCAUUGACCAAGACGCCACGGAGGAGGGCGGGGUCACGAUACCGUUGCCGGGCGUAAAGAAGGGUGACAUGAGCUCCCGGCACUUCAAACCUGAGAUCAGGGUGACUUCGCUCCGCUUCUCCCCCACCGGGCGCUGCUGGGCGGCCACCACCACCGAGGGGCUCCUUAUCUACUCCCUGGACGCCCGGAUGCUCUUCGACCCAUUCGAGCUGGACACCAGCGUCACGCCUGCGCAGAUCCGGGCGGCGCUGUGCCAGCGGGACUUCACCAGGGCCAUCCUCAUGGCCUUCCGGCUCAACGAGAGGAAGCUGCUGCAGGAGGCCCUGGAGUCGGUGCCCUGGGACGAGAUUGGGGUCAUCAGCUCCUCCCUGCCUGACGUGUACGUGGAGAAGGUGCUGGAAUUUUUAGCUUCAUCCUUCGAAGAGUCUCGCCAUCUAGAAUUCUACCUCAUAUGGACUCAGAAACUGCUUAUGGUCCACGGACAGCAGCUCAAGUCCAGAGUGGGGACACUGCUGCCGGCAGUUCAGUUCCUGCAGAAGAGCAUCCAGCGCCACUGGGACGACGUCUCCAAACUCUGCGACUGGAACCGCUACAAUAUGCAGUACGCUCUGGCCGUUUCUAAGCAGCGGGGCCUGAAGCGGCCCUUGGAACCACCGGGCGGCGAGGAGGAAGCAGAUGCACCCGAGGACGGUGACGGCAGCCUGCGCCUGCUCCGGAGGGGGCCUGGGGAUGCAGACGGGCCGCUGGCCUAGGGCCGGCCGCCCGCAGCCCUGCUGGCUUCGGUUGGGAUGUUGGGCAAGGUGGGACCUCCACCGCGGGGGGCAGCCGGGACGCAAGGGCACUGUCGCCAGGACUCGCUCUUCUGCAAGAACCACACGCGGCCACGGGGUCAGUGUGUGAGCUGACGGGUCCCUGGCAGGCACGGGCUUGGCACCCAGGGCCCAGGAGUGUCUGCCACCAAAAGCACCCUGCAGAGAGGUGAAUGGGCUCACGUGUACAGACUCAAACUUUGUAUGAGUUUUUAUGUUUUUAAUAUAAAGUUUUGAUAAUUUUAGAGAUGAAAAAGAUGCGUAUUUCUACACUGUAGGUAUUAAGUCUGAAGUUGAAAUGUUUGUAACGUGUCCUGGGUGUGAUCGUCGUGCUGGGGGAUCAGGGCCACCUGCCUUGCUGGCACCUCUGUGCCAGGGAACAGGUGAGCAGGGCAGGUGGCUCGCCCUCACGGCCCCAGCCUAGGCUGCCAGCCCCAUCAUCCCUGCACAGGGUCUGGCAGGGAACAUCUGCUUGACUCUGACCUUGGAGAGGGGCCUGGGGCUGGGCCUGGACAGGCUUUCCAGGGAGACCCAUCAGACCUGCUGGCCAGCUCUGAGAGGAAGACUCCAUCCUGUGAUGCCCCUUGGGAAGGGUCACUGUGAGGGCAGCCUAGAUCACAGCCAGGCCCCUGGUCCCUUGGUAGCUACGGCCUCCAGGGUCAGGACACAGGCCCUAGCCUGCAGGUCACCAGAGGUGCGGCCACGAGUCACUGGACCAUUAUUAGGAUGGACGGCAGGCAGGUUCUUGCUAGUCUGGUGGGGCUGUGUGCUCUUCUAUCUGCUUAUGAAACGCAUGUGCUAUCUCGGGAUGGAGUCAUUUCCUUUGUAAAUAUGAUGUCUAUCAGAGCCUCUUCUGUUCUUGGGUAUUAAGGUAGAAAAUAAAUACAUUGAUAGUC